AAACUCUCCCUCCCUAUCUUUAAAAGUGUUCUCUUCUACAUUUGUACAUUAACUAUUACAAAAGGAGAAUUUUUUAAUCAUAAUAAUGUCCAUUAAUGUCAAUGAUUCCUUGACAAAUCUGAAUAAAUCAAAGUACAAAGAAUAAUGAGAAAGAAACGAAACGAAAAUAAAUUGACGUAUCAUUCGCCUCAGCUGAAGCUGGUCUCAGUGGUUUUGUUUACAUCAAGAGAGUGACCAAAUUGGAAAAUAUUAUAUUUUUAAUAGACAGAUCAGAUCUAAUAAUUAUGGCAGAAGAAACUGCAGAUGAGCCAGUGGCAGUUUGCGAGCCCUCGAAGAAGAUAAAUGUCAUCAGUAAGGAAGCAGUUCACCAAAUCUGCUCGGGACAGGUGGUCCUGGAUCUGGCUGUUGCGAUAAAAGAAUUGGUGGAAAAUAGUCUUGACAGUGGAGCUACAUAUGUCGACAUCAAGUUGGUAGAUUAUGGACAAACUUGUAUUACAGUCAGUGAUAAUGGUUCUGGUGUCCUGGAGACUGAUUUCGAAGGACUAGGCCUCAAGCAUCACACAUCAAAGCUCCGAGAUUUCUCCGAUAUCUUCGGGAUCUCCACCUUCGGCUUCAGAGGCGAAGCCCUAAGUUCCCUCUGCUCCCUCUCAGACCUCAGCAUAACAACAAGACACUCGACUGUUCCCCACGCCUUCAAGCUCCACUUCAAUAAGAAUGGAAACCUCACGAAGAAGGAGGUCUGCGCACGAGAGGUGGGAACAACUGUCUCAGUCAGGAACAUCUUCAAGAGCCUCCCAGUCCGAGCAAAGGAGUUCCAAAGAAACAUAAAAAAAGAAUUUACCAAAGCCCUGCAGGUGCUCUAUGGCUACUGCCUGGUGUCAACUGGAAUAAAAAUCACAUGUUCCAACAAUAAAGAUGGGAAGACGAGUGUUGUUGUGAGCACCACUGGAUCUGAUGAUGUCUUGAUCAACGCAUCCUCAGUAUUCGGAAAAAAAUCCCUCAAAGGAAUUGAGAGGAUCGAUCUGGUCCAGCCUGACGAGGCAGUUCUGCAAGACUUUAAUUUACCUGAAGACAUUUCAGUGAACUUCUCCUGGGAAUUCUACAGCAGCAGCUGUGAACACAGGAUGGGCUGCGCCUCACCGAACCGCCAGUUCUUUUACAUCAAUGGAAGACCCUGUGUUCUCACGAAAAUAAAUAAAUUGAUUAAUCAUGUUUAUCACAAGUACAACAACAAGCAGUACCCCUUCGUCUACUUGAACCUGAAGCUGCCACAGGAGACAGCAGACGUCAAUGUCACCCCUGAUAAGAGAACUAUUUUCCUGACCCAGGAGAAGGUCAUUCUGGCAGUUGUCAAGAUGAGUCUCCAACAGAAGUGGAAUAAAAUGCAGGGGAAUUACACGAGUUUGAGUCUCGAUGAGAUACAGAAUUCUCUCAAGAGAUCGUUACCAAUGUCUCCGGUUGAUCGACCUCCCAGCAAGAAGCAAAUGGUCUCGGUGAACAAGUCUGAGGAGAAGGAGACAUCUGUUGCUGUCAGUCGAGGGGAUGAUAGCAACAGAUGUCAUGUGUUUCCAACAGAGAAAUUACCAGAUAUCGACAUGGAAAUCAAUUUCAAAUCGAUUAAAGCUGCUGUUGAGCUCAAGAGGAGGAGGAGACGGGAGCAGAGGAGGAAUGAAGAUGUUGAGAUUAAAUACAGGGCUGAGAUCGAUACGAAGAGUGCAGAUGCUGAGAGGGAAUUGCAGAAGGGACUGACUACUGAAUCAUUCGCCAAGAUGAAAAUCAUUGGACAAUUCAACCUAGGUUUCAUAAUCUCCCAACUAGACGCCGAUCUCUUCAUAAUUGAUCAGCACGCAACCGAUGAGAAAUACCGUUUCGAGAAGCUCUCAAACGAGACAAAACUAAAGACUCAGAAGCUUAUAGCACCGAAGUCUCUGAACUUCACGUCAUUGAACGAAACGAUAGUCAUGGAGAACCAGAACUUGUUCGACGCCAACGGUUUCACCCUGUCCAUCACUCCUGACGCUCAACCAGGCCAACGAGUCCAUUUGACAGGAAUGCCAGUGAGUGGGAAUUGGCAGUUUGGGGAGGAGGACCUCGAGGAGCUCAUUUUUUUGAUCAGGGAGGGGGGCACAGAGGGCAUCAAGGACCAGACAAUCCUCAGGCCCAGUAGAGUACGCUCGAUGCUGGCGUCGAGGGCCUGUCGAGGAGCUGUGAUGAUUGGAAAAGCUCUCAAUACUUCAGAAAUGAGGAGAUUGAUCACUCAGAUGGGGAUGAUCAAACAUCCUUGGAAUUGCCCUCAUGGCAGGCCCACGAUAAGACAUUUGUUGUCACUUAAACUAUUGAGGAAAAUUCAUGAUUAGGUCCAUCAGGACCGCAGGAGCCCAUGAAGAGACUAUUGGUGAGAAUAUUGAACUUGUUUCAAGUUGUCAUCCAGCCAUAAUAGGAAAAUGAUGAAGGAAUAAUUUGUAUAUUAUAUAAUUUGUGAAACAAUAUUUUCAAUAAAAUAAUGCCUAUGAGGAUGCUCAGUAUCAACGAUAAACUGUAAAAAAAAAAGAUAAAUGCACGGUUGGCUGGAAUUUCGAA